AUGCCGAUCGUUGAUUCCGAGUCCCUGCGCCGCUCGAUUCGCGAGAAGUGGAAGAAGGUAUGGACCAAGAGGGCUCUGAUGGGCUUGGUGUUGGGCCAGUUCGUUUCCCUUCUCAUCACCUCCACCGCCUUCUCCUCCUCCGAGCUUGCCAGGAGAGGCGUGAAUGCUCCGACCUCGCAGUCGUUCUUGAAUUACCUUCUCCUUGCAAUAUUUUACGGCGCUUAUGUCAUCUACCGAAGGCGGCCACUUCAGAUAAAUUGGUACUACUAUUUGAUACUCGGUAUAGUUGAUGUGGAAGCCAAUUUUAUUGUUGUCAAGUCUUACCAGUACACAUCUUUGACAAGUGUCAUGCUUCUGGAUUGUUGGGCAAUUCCAUGCGUGAUUCUUCUCACAUGGUUGUUCUUGAAGACAAAAUAUGGAUAUAGGAAAUUCACUGGUGUUGCUAUUUGUGUUGCUGGCAUUGUAAUGGUUGUAUUCUCCGAUGUUCAUGCCAGUGACCGUGCAGAAGUUACAGGAGGACCCAACCCUGUUAAAGGUGAUAUUUUGGUCAUUGCUGGGGCUACACUGUAUGCAGUUAGUAAUGUUGGUGAGGAAUUUAUUGUCAAGGAGGGCGAUAGAAUUGAGUUGAUGGCUAUGCUUGGAGUAUUUGGAGCAGUUGUUAGUGCUAUUCAAAUAACCAUACUUGAGCGCAAUGAGCUUAAAGAUAUUAAUUGGACAGCUGGUGCAGUGCUACCAUUUCUUGGAUUUGCAUUGGCACUGUUUCUGUUUUACUCUACUGUUCCCAUCAUUCUUAAGAUAUGUGGAGCAACCCUGCUAAAUCUUUCUCUGCUAACCUCAGACAUGUGGGCUGUUUUUAUCCGUAUUUUUGCUUAUCACCAGAAGGUUGACUGGAUGUACUUCAUAGCUUUUGCGGCUGUUGCAGUUGGGAUUGUGACUUAUUCAGGAGGCAAGAAGAAGGAUGCAGAAAAUGUGCAAGUUGCAGAGGCUAGUGAUGAACGGGACAAAAUAAAGGAUGAAGAAGCUGGAGAGGACUAUAUCACUCAAGGUUUCACUGCAGCAGUUGAGGGCCAAAGUUCUGAGAAUGCCAAGCAACAACCUUUCAUCACAAUUUCACCCAACUAAGUCUCCAUCACGGCGGAAAGCCAACUUAAAAACCGAGGCAAAGGCAAGAAGGAAAUGGCUACUGUCAGAGUUAUGUUAGGGACACCGAUGCCUUGCCAUUCUUUCACCGAUGAGAACAGAUCGAAGCAGUGGUAGCAGCAGCAAUCGCGAAUCAUCCAAAAACGAGUAAAUUCCAUGGAACUCUUGGUGCCAAUGGAUAAUACUCUGCCGGAGUAUCUGCUGCAGUCAAUUGUAGCCUUGAUGUGUAUCUAGUCAUGGUGUUACUACUAGUUCUAUCCAGGUGAUGAUGCUUGGUGAAGCUCUUCUUGCAUGCUUGUAUGAUCAAAAGAAGGAAUCCAGCUUCAUUAACAAUCUGCAAUGUAUAGGAGUUGGUUUUCUGAUCUGUUGACCUUAACUAUAAGAAUUGUUAUCUGCAACUCAAAAUUAAUGAGUUAAUUUGCAUAUUGCACAUUACGAGGAUCCCUCACAAGUGUUCGUGGAUGAUCAAUAACCUUGAACCAUGACCUUCUCUAAUUCUGAAGAUUCAUGUUAUUGAAGUUUUGAGUUUGAGAGUGGGGACAUGGUACUUCAUUGACCUUGUCUCAGGUGAAAGGUAACGUGUUUUCGUUCACCCUAUCAUCAUCAUCAUGUUCUUGGGGAUAUCAUUAUGGACCUGCAAUUCAUGUUACAUGUGUUU